UCUCCCCCAUCUAAACCUAGCUUUUAUUUUUCUCCUCCUAGUUUUAUUCUUCUUUGCCGCGUUCUUCAAACCCUAGCCCUAGGUCUCUCUUCGUGGUGUUGGGUCUGAACUCGCCGCUAGUCACCGUAAUCGCCACCGCGAAACCCUAGUUCUGUAGAUCUCCCGAUAAGUAGAACCUUGGGAUCUCGAAAUAAUGUCUCGCUGCUUUCCUUACCCGCCUCCGGGUUAUGUGAGGCGCGGAGUGCAUAGCGCAGCCUUGAUCGAAUCGAUUAAGGUUGGUUGGGCGAACUAUUUGGUUUUCGCGUUUUUUGAUCCGAAUUGCUUGUUGUGAUUGAGAUCUGAUUGUUGUUGUAAAUUUUUUUUAUUGUAAAUACGAUAGCCCCUUGUUAAUUUUGCCCCUCAGCUGUGCAAUGUACAGGACACGAUGAAAAUUGUUAUUUAUGUUAAAAUUUAGUGUUUGAAUCGUAGAUAUACUGUCUGAAUGGCUUGUAGGGACUCCAAACUGAGUUCUGGUUUUUGUAGAUCGGCUUUUUCCGUUAUCUUUUUGCUUGUUGCGACAGGGUAGAUCCUGACGGGAAACCCCUUUUACAGAAGUAUGACCCUUGUUUCAGUUUCUUUGUAGGUUUUCUCUCAUACUAAUAGAGAAUAUUAUAUUUGAAAUUCAAUAACGUUGGAUCUAGUUUACUAAGGGAGUUUGUAGGGUUGUGAUUUUUUGAGAUUAAAGAUUGUGGUUGUUAUAUCUAUGAUAACUCAAUAGCCCUUAGGAAGCAAGUGAUUUUGUUGACACUGAAAUCUUCCCACUUAAUUUGUGUGGUCAAUCAUGAUUCUUUGGUCUUCCCUUGCCCUUCUAUUCUAAAUACUUUAUUCUGGUACAAUAAAGUUCCAGAAGGAAGGGGAGAAGGCUAAAACAGAACAGGGAAAAGAGAAGAAAAGGGAGAAGGGGAGAAGUAAAGAGAAGAAACUAAAGGCUGAGAAAACCCUCGUAACUGCUGAGAAAUUGAAGAAGCCUGAGGAUGAAAAAAUUAGAGUUGAAACUGAACAAUUGGAGAAGAGUGACCUUACUGAAGAGCACGGGCAUCCUUGCUACUUGUCUGAUGGUUCACAAUCCAGCAGUAAGAGGAAAAGAGAGGCUCCGUCUAAUGAAUGCCAAAGUAAGGG